AUGCCAGAGAUCGAAAAUGUCCCCGGCCCGUCCCCGCCGGCCUCACUACCACCACAGGAAAACGCCUUAUUUGGCAAAUAUGAGCUCGGAAAACUUCUGGGUUGCGGCGCAUUCGCCAAAGUCUACCAUGCCAGAGACACCAGGAACGGCCAAAGCGUUGCCAUCAAGAUCAUAAACAAGAAAAAGAUUCUUAACCCAACCUUGAUGUCCAACAUCAAGCGUGAAAUAUCUAUCAUGCGCCGGUUGCACCACCCACAUAUUGUCAAGCUCUUCGAAGUCCUCGCAACGAAAACGAAGAUCUAUUUCGUGAUGGAGUUCAUCAAAGGCGGUGAAUUGUUCGCAAAGAUUGCCAAAGGUCGGUUCAGCGAAGAUCUUAGCCGUAAAUAUUUUCAACAACUCAUCUCCGCCGUCGGUUACUGCCAUUCUCGUGGAGUUUUUCACCGAGAUUUGAAACCUGAAAAUCUACUACUAGACGAGAACGGUGACCUGAAAGUAUCAGACUUUGGACUCAGUGCGGUCACCGAUUCAAUCCGAUUUGAUGGGCUUUUACACACGCUUUGUGGAACUCCGGCGUAUGUAGCGCCGGAAAUUCUAUCGAAAAAAGGCUACGAUGGUGCAAAGGUCGAUGUAUGGUCAUGUGGGGUGAUUCUAUACGUUUUGACAGCCGGUUACUUGCCGUUCAACGAUCCGAAUCUCAUGAUGAUGUAUAAGAAGAUAUAUAAGGGCGAGUUCCGAUGUCCUAAAUGGAUGUCGCCGGAUCUCAAACGGUUUUUGUCUCGCCUUCUGGACACAAACCCACAAACCAGAAUCACCAUUGAGGAGAUCAUUCGCGACCCAUGGUUCAGAAAAGGGUACAAAGAAGAGAAAUUCUACGAUGACGAAGAUAUGUGUUUUAAGGCUGCUAAGGAGGAUGAAAAGUUGCCGUUGAACGCGUUUGAUAUAAUUUCGUUUUCCUCUGGUUUGAACCUCUCUGGUUUGUUCGAUGGCUCGGAGAAUAACGGCGAACGAUUCGUGGUGGAGGGCUCACCGGAGAAAAUCAUUGAGAAAGUUGAGGAGAAUAACGGCGAACGAAUCGUGGUGGAGGGCUCACCGGAGAAAAUCAUUGAGAAAGUUGAGGAGGUAGUGAAAGGAGAGAAUGUUAGGUUGAAGAGAAGAAAGGAAUGGGGUGUGGACUUGCAAGGACAGAAUGGUAAAUUUGUAGUCGGCGUGGAGGUUCACCUGUUGACCGACAGUUUGGUGGUUGUGGAGAUGAAGAGGAGAGCUGGAGAUUCUGGGUUGUGUCAUGAGCUGUGGAAGAAGAAAAUUAAGCCUAUGAUUAUGGGCCAACCGGAGGUUGAGGUUUCCGGUGACUAA